AUGGGAGAUCAUCCCAAGAACCCUCAACUUCAAAACCCAGUAGAAGGAGAAGAUCAAGAAGAAACAGAAGAAUCACUCUCUCUCUGCGACCUUCCGCUCAACCCCGACAACGAAAUUGUCGACAACAACAACAACGGUACUCCACGAUCACGCGCCGAGGCCCCCGACUUCUUCGAGUUCUUCAGCGACCUCAGCUCCGACAUGUGUCCGGCCGACGACAUCAUCUUCUGCGGAAAGCUCAUACCCUUCAAAGAACUACAAUCUCCUCCCAAAACACCAACCACCGGAGAAAACCCAACCAAACCGACCACUUUCCGAAGGCGAUCCGAGUCAUUGUCGAAGCUACAGAGCCCCGUAACUCGGUCAAACAGCGGCGCCGGCAGCACUAGGCUCAUGAGGAACAGCCGGUCUCUGGAUUGCACAAAACUCCACAGAAGCUCAAACUCCAUGGAAAUAGACCGAAAUUCAUCGGUAAAGAGCUCCGGAAAGUCCGAUAUGGCGCUUAAAAAGGCGGCGAAGCCUCGGUGGUACUUGUUGAUGUUUGGACUGGUGAAGUUUCCACCGGAGAUGGAGCUGAGUGACAUCAAAAACCGGCAGGUUCGCCGGAACCAUCCUUCCACGCUGUUUCCGCCUCCUCUCUCCGCUGACGGUAAGCUUCCGGUGAACCGCAGCUCCAGUAAGGGGACAUGGAGGUUGCUCAGAGCAUUGAGCUGCAAGGACCACGCCAGCGUGGCCGUGACGGCGUCGUUUUGCUUACCCCACGUGUGA